AAACUGCAGAGGAGCGUCAGAGGAAGAGUUCAGAGCAGGGCUGAGAAAAGUAUUUUCGCAAACUCUCGGAUUACAAACAAAAGUUCUUGACGUAAAUAGAUAAGAGUGGAAAGGACGCGCGAGACUCUCGGAGGAAAUCUAUAAGAGUGGUGACAGAAAGAGGAGCAACCGCACAGAAACAGAGAAGAAGACGGGAGAGGUAGGAAGUGAAGUGGAGCGGGGUGGAAGGUGGUUAAUGAGUAACAGCCAGCAGGCGGUCUCAAAGGUCUCCGAAGCAAAGCCUGCUGGGUAAAAUCUGUUCCCAGGCAGGGAAGCACGACAGAGAAAGGGAGGGAGAGGAACAGAGAGAGAAAGGGAGGGAGAGGAACAGAGAGAGAAAACACCUCCGGAAGAGAAGAGAAAGAGAGAGGAUCACUGUUGCUCCAAGCCUGCUGGUUCCCUUCCAGCCUGACCCAGCCACCCCCCCACCCUCCACUUCCCUCUCUCCAGCAGCCCGGCCCCUGCCCUCGGCCAUGGGGAAGAGCAAGGCCAACAUGGGGCCCCUCGCCCGGAGGCCCGAUAACUCGGCUUUCAAGCAGCAGAGGCUGCCGGCCUGGUCGCCCAUGCUGACGCCGGGCACGGUGCUGCCCUUCUUCUACUGCAUGGCUGUGCUGUGUGUGCUCCUGGGGGUCUGGCUGCUGCUCACCGUGCAGAACACACAGGAGCUGAAGUUGGACUACACUAAGGCCGGCACGUGUGACUUGUGUUUCCUGAAGCGAGGGAACGCCAGCCUGGCGACCCAAAACUGCAACUGCACUGUGGUGUUCCCCAUCACCACCCCCUUCAAGGGUAAUGUCUUCUUCUACUACGGCCUGAUCAACUUCCACCAGAACCUCCGGCGCUACAUGGACUCCCGGGACGAUGCUCAGAUGGUGGGGAGGAAGAACAGCCUGAAGAACCCCAGUGCUUACUGUGUUCCCUUCAGGGUAGAUGAGAAGGGCCUUCCCAUCGCCCCCUGUGGAGCUGUGGCCAACAGCAUGUUCAAUGACUCCUUCACUUUCUACUACCACCCCGCAGGGGGGGCCUCCACCACCCGGGUCCCCCUGUACCGCCGGGGAAUCACCUGGUACACCGACAAGAACAUCAAGUUCCGCAACCCGCAGUUCGAGAACCAGACCCUGUUGUGGGAGGUGUUCCAAGGGACAUCCAAGCCUCUAUACUGGCAGAAACCCGUGUACCAGCUGGACCCUCGCACGCCCAACAACAACGGCUUCAUCAACGAGGAUCUGAUCGUGUGGAUGAGGGAGGCAGCCUUCCCGCGCUUCAAAAAGCUGUACGGGGUUCUCGACCGGGUAGGGAACCCCUUCACCGAGGGCCUGCCUGUGGGGAACUACAGCAUCGACAUCUCCUACAACUUCCCUGUGCAGUACUUCCAGGGCAGGAAGGAGCUGGUGCUGACCACGGUCAGCUGGUUCGGCGGGCAGAAUCGCUUCCUACCCAUUGCCUUCCUGGUGACCGGAGGACUCGUGCUGCUGGUUGCCGUGGUGCUCACCGUGGUCUGGUGGAAGUUCGGCAAGAACGGGAAGAGCAUGGAGGAGUGAGGGGGGGAGGGAGGGAGGGAUGAAGGUGGAGAGAUGUAUGAUGAUGAUCAGAAGCAGGGAGAGAAAAGGAUGAUGGCGACGGCAGACCAGUGUGCACUGAGGGAGCGUUCCUACAAACAUGGUUAGAAAGAAAAAGUGAGCCUUUAUGGAAAAGGUUAAGGAAAGAAUUUGUGUCUUUUGGAAUUAUGCUGAAUGGAAAUUUGACUGGCAGUUCAAUUCAUUUCACACAGUGUCCUUUUCUGUGACAGUGAUUAUUUCUAUGAAAAUGUGAUAUAACAGGACAUGUUGGCAUUUCCAUGUGUGGGCGAAAGCAGGACAACAAUCCCCUUUGGCGUUUUUCCCAGCUUCACUUGUUUUUGUUGUUCCCUGUUUGGCCAGGAGGUGGCAGUGUGCUGAUGUUAAAAUGAUUGCAGACAGGGUUUCUGCUGUUAGGGUUAUAAUUGUUCCAACUGUACUGUAAGGCCAGCCAUUGGUCUACCAAAAACAUGAAUCAAUGCUCUAAGGUCCUGAUGUUAUGAUUUCUAGUUUUCCUGUGAUGUGAUGAUUUUCUAGUGAUCAUUGAUGAGGUGUGGGUCUUGGGUGAAUGCUCAGCGUUUCAUUAAACCAUGUCAUUUUGGAA